UAGCGGUUCUCUUUCUGUGUCUCUCUCACUUCCUUUCAUCGCGUGCGCGAUCGUGUGACCGCGGUAGUCUGCCAUCUCCCUAAAGAGAAGUCGCUCGAGGAGGCGGUGUAGGGUUUGAGCGGGCUUUCAUUUCACUGCGCCAUCGUCUUAGGGUUGUAGGAGGAUGGGGAAAGGAGUUGGUGGUGCGUUGCGCACCUUGGUUGGUGUGAUACUGCUGCUAGGAUGCCUGCUGGAAUACUCCGCACCUGGUUGCGCCGCUCUUGGCGGUUCUGCGCAAGCAGCAGCCACGACGCCGGAGGCUUGCCUCCGCUCGGCCGUCACGCGGAAGAAGAAGACGGUCCUGCAACUAACUGCUGACGUGGUUCUCUCGGCGGAUUUGCCCGUGCUGAAGUGUCCCGAUCUGGUGAUCGUGGGCAAGUGCAAGACGCCAAAAGGCCGCCCGAGAAAGUGUAAGAUAGACGGAGCAAAUAAGUUCAAGGGGUUUCAAUUCCUCGGUCAGGAAGCGAAUCUGACUCUGAGCAAUGUCGAGCUCACGAGGUUCUCUUUGUUGGUCUAUGCUGCCGCCAGCGGCGACGUCGUUAUCACGGACUGCGUGCUGACAGACCUGCGGGCCAGUGCGAGCAGCAGAGGCGUGGUGGCAGUUGAGAACGUCGGCUUGACGGUAAGGAACUCGUUGAUUACCCGAAGCAAGGGGACGAUCCUUGUGGCGGGCUAUGGGGGCUUGGAUAUGGCGAACGUCAUUUUCCGAGGAAACAGCGGAGGACCGGUCCUUGACCAUUACAGAGCUGGACUUCGGUGCGACAAGUGCGGCUUCGAGUCCAACACCGCGAGCGGCGAUCACGCAGUUGUGGAGCCCAACUACGGUGUGGCGACCUUCUCGCGCUCGUGGUUCGUUGGAAAUUCGCGAACGAAGGUAGGAGCGAGGGGCGGCGCAGUUUACGUCGGCGGCGGGAUGACGCCAACGUAUUUCUGCAACUGCCGUUUUGCGAAUAACACGAUCCUGUUGGCGGGAGGCAGGAAGAAGGUGGAACACGUGUACGUCGCCAAGGGCAAUGCGGUUGAAUUCUGUCCGAAGCGGCCAUCGACGGGACUCGGCGUCGCAUCGGGCGCCUCAGUGAAAGACUCUUGCGGAAACUGCUGACGUUGAAACGGAUUGCCGAGGGGCAAAGGUGUGGCAGAGGGGGGGAGGCGCGCAGUGUCAAUGGCAUUCCAGUUUACGUCGGCGGCGGGAUGACGACAACGUAUUUCUGCACCUGCUGUUUUGCGAAUAACACGAUCCGAUUGGCGGGAGGCAAGAAGAAGGUGGAACAUGUGUACGUCGCCAAGGGCAAUGCGGUUGAAUUCUGUCCGAAGCGCCCAUCGAUGGGACUCGGCUUCGCAUCAGGCGCCUCAGUGAAAGACUCUUGCGGAAACUGCCGACGUUGAAACGGAUUGCCGAGGGGAAAGGUGGGGCGGAGGGGGAAGGCGCGCAGUUUCAAUGGCAUUCCACCCCGCUCCCUGCUCGCGCGACCUGUCGGUGAGUUCUCGGUGCGGUAAUGACAGCAGCAGAGAGGUGAUACUUGUUGCUCGUCUUAGCUGCUCUUUAGGAGAAGCAGUGAGGUUAAUAACACUUGUCUUGAGCUGAGGUUUACUUGUGUUGGUUGGAACGUCGAACACUAUUCUUAUAGAGAACGGUCCGCGCGGCAUGUCUUCUUUUUUUAUAUAUUAAUAUUAUCAUUAUCAUUCUUGAAACUCGCGUUUUGUCCUUCAGAGCUGCAAAUAAAUAUGUGAAGAGUUU